AUGGCCAAUAAUUUAAAUCCUCUAGCUGGGACAGCUCAUCUACUUGACGAAUUGGAUAAGAAACUAAUGGUCUUGCUGCGAGAUGGAAGAACUCUGAUUGGCUACUUACGGUGUGUGGAUCAAUUUGCCAAUUUAGUACUCCACAAAACCAUAGAAAGAAUUCACGUCGGCAAGGAAUAUGGUGAUAUACCGCGAGGAAUCUUUAUUGUGAGAGGCGAGAAUGUUGUUCUAUUGGGUGAAAUUGAUAAGGAAAAAGAGGACAGUUUACCACUUACUGAAGUGUCUGUUGACGACAUAUUAGAUGCUCAAAGAAGAGAACAAGAUGCAAAAAUAGAACAGCAAAAGCUCUUGUCUAAAGCUCUAAAGGAAAGAGGACUUAACAUGUUGGCAGAUUUAGGUCAUGAUGAUAUGUUUUAA